CUAUAAAUAAAGCAUCAAAAAAACGAAAACAAAUUUUGAAAAAAGAUUGUUCUCUAAUGGCGUUAAGGACGAGGAUAAUCACUAGAGCAUUCAGCAAUUUGACCCAUAAACCAAAGUUGCAGGUUCUCGGAAAUGGGUCUUCUGAUGUGAUUCGGGCUGACCCGACUGGAAGUCCGGUGUCGAAUUUGGGGUCUUCAUUUUCGACGGCGGCCGCUGCUGUGGAAGCGCCGGCGUCGGCGUCGGUUGAGAGUCUAUUUGGGUUAGUGAAAGAGUAUGAAGAUUAUAGAAGGGGUUUGUAUGGUGGGCUUACACAUAAAGCCCUUCUUGUUGAUGCUGUGGGUACUCUUGUUAUUCCUUCUCAACCAAUGGCUCAGAUUUACAAGCAAAUUGGUGAGAAGUACGGGGUGGAGUAUUCUGAAGAUGAGAUAUUGAAACGAUACAGAUGGGCUUAUGGGCAGCCUUGGGGUAGAUCUAGUCUCAGAUAUGUCAACGAUGGACGACCAUUUUGGCAACAUAUAGUUAGUUGUUCGACUGGCUGUUCUGACUCUCAGUACUUUGAGGAGCUGUAUAACUAUUAUACGACUGAAAAGGCUUGGCAUCUUUGUGAUCCCGAAGCCGAAAGGGUAUUCCAGGCCCUCAGAGCAGCGGGAGUAAAGUUGGCUAUAGUGUCGAAUUUUGAUACCCGAUUGAGACCAGUGUUAAGGGCUCUGAACUGUGAUCACUGGUUUGAUGCCGUAGCAGUUUCAGCUGAGGUAGAAGCAGAGAAGCCUAAUCCAACGAUAUUUUUAAAAGCUUGUGAGUUACUAGGAGUUAAUCCAGAUGAUGCUGUUCAUGUAGGCGAUGAUCGUAGAAAUGAUAUUUGGGGUGCUAGAGAUGCAGGUUGUGAUGCCUGGCUGUGGGGAAGCGACGUUGUCUCCUUCAAAGAGGUUGCUCAGAGAAUAGGCGUCGAGGUCUGAAAGGGUAAUAUUAGUAGAUGCUUUCGUUGUGUAAAAAGCCGCUGCUUGUGUAGAAAUCUCCUCAUAAUCCUAUGUAUGUAUAUAUUUUGCUUUUUUGUAAUCAGUAUGAGAGAUAUCAUCAAUGCCUUUGUUAGUGGCAAUGUUUAGUUUGUUUUGAAUAAAGAGGCUGUACAACUUUGGUUUAAUUUCUCAAUGCCAUAAUUUUGUAGCCUCUUUUGUAUAUGUUGGUGUAAGCUGUUGUUCUAUCAAGUUAUGCAUCUUUAAUUUUUA